GUGCAUGUGACCGGCCAGGGCGGCCCCGGUGGGAGGCGGAUCGGGGAGCCUAGGCUCCGUUUGAUGGAUCCUCGGAUCGCCUGGUUCCAGCCAGAGCAGCUUGGCCCCUCAAACAGCCUGUGGAUGCAGAUCUGGGAGACCACGCAAGGCCUGAGGAACCUCUACUUCAACCACAACAGCCCGGCCUCCCCCGCACACAGCGGAUCUUCCACUAGCUCCUCAGGGUGUGAGGCCAACAUGUACCGGGAUGGCGGCUCAGCUCAGGCCUCCCCCAUGCCUGUCACCCAAGCACUGGGCGAGCAGGGGGACUUCUUACCACUGGAGACCACCAACAACAACAAGCAGCCCCUGACCCAGAGCCCCGGGGGGUGGCGGAAGGACCACGAUCACACCAACAGGAACAAGAGGAAACGGGACAAUAAAGCCAGCACCUUCGGACUGAACUACAGCCUGCUGCAUACUGCCCCCGGGAAUGUUGUGGCCGGAGUAUCGUAUAAUGGGACCCCAUGGAAGACUAGGAAUUACAGUGACGAGGUCAUAGGUCUUCAUGAAGAAAUCCUCGACUUCUACAAAUACAUGUCCCCUAGGCCAGAAGAGGAAAGAAUGCGAAUGGAAGUGGUUAAUAGGAUUGAAAAUGUCAUUAAGGAGCUUUGGCCAAGUGCAGAUGUCCAAAUAUUUGGGAGUUUCAAAACCGGACUUUAUUUGCCUACCAGCGACAUUGACCUAGUUGUUUUUGGCAAAUGGGAGAAUUUACCACUGUGGACACUUGAGGAGGCAUUGCGGAAGCACAAAGUGGCUGACGAAAAUUCUGUUAAAGUUCUCGACAAAGCCACGGUACCGAUCAUUAAACUGACAGAUUCGUAUACUGAAGUAAAAGUAGACAUAAGUUUUAAUGUACAGAAUGGGGUAAAAGCAGCCCAGCUCAUCAGGGAUUUUAUUAAGAAAUAUCCAGUCCUUCCAUACUUGGUGCUGGUUUUAAAGCAGUUUCUGUUACAAAGAGACCUUAAUGAAGUGUUUACAGGGGGAAUAGGCUCCUACAGUCUCUUUUUAAUGGCUGUUAGUUUUCUGCAGUUGCAUCCGAGAGAAGAUGCCUGCAGCCCGGACGCCAAUUAUGGUGUUUUGCUAAUAGAGUUUUUUGAGCUCUAUGGGAGGCAUUUUAACUACUUAAAAACUGGAAUACGCAUAAAAGAUGGUGGCUCAUAUGUAGCUAAAGACGAGGUACAAAAAAGUAUGUUAGAUGGGUACAGGCCAUCAAUGCUAUACAUUGAAGAUCCAUUGCAGCCUGGCAAUGAUGUUGGUCGAAGUUCAUAUGGAGCUAUGCAGGUGAAACAGGCCUUUGAUUAUGCAUAUGUUGUCUUAAGCCACGCAGUGUCACCAAUAGCCAAGUAUUACCCGAACAAUGAAUCUGAAAGCAUAUUAGGGCGUAUCAUUCGAGUAACUGAAGAAGUGGUGGCUUACAGAGACUGGAUAUCAAAGAAAUGGGGGCAGAAAAAUAGAUCUGAACCAGUGUACAAUGGCAAUGAUGUGACCCUAAUAGUGGAUGUCCAUCAUUUAGACAAAUGUAACAACAAUGUGUCGGGUCAGAAUACCUCUACUGGACAAGUCAAGAAUAAAACCCCUGAAGCUCUUGGCAAACACUCCUCCAAUUCAUCUGGUCCUUUGUCUUCCUCUUCUUCAACACUAUCCAGCUCUAGUGAUGUGAAGAAAGUCAUUAAACGUCUAUGCAUUCAGGACUCAGACGGAACCCCAUUCAAGACAUCAAAGCAGCCAAGUUGUCGUCAAGCAAAUGAUAGUCGGAUGGGCCUUCAGGAAUCCUGCACCAGCUCAACACAACCCAUCAGCAAACCACAGCUUAACCAGAGCAUUAGUUCUUCAAACAGCAACAACAGAGCUCAGCAUGGCACUACUAGACUUUUCCGUUCAACCUCGUCCAGCAAAAGCUUCCAGACUCCACCCAACAUAAGCCAAGGCACAUCUGUGCCAAGCCGGCACAUACAGACCGGCAAAGCACAGCACCAGCACUACCACAGCAAGAAACGCAAGCACAAGCGGGAAACAGACCUGUGCAGAUAGCUGCUUUUGGGCCGGACUUAACUCCUUCCUUAAUGUGCCGCAACAGAAUUAAAUCUCGACAAACUUGUUCAUAUCCCUCCCAAAAGCUUAUAAACAUUUAAAACUGACUUGUUUCAUUUUAUUUUUGUUUUUCCCAGCUAGCCACGGAAAUGGAUCAUGAAGAUUUCCAACACGAAAAAAAAAAAUCUCAAAAAGAAAACAAAAUCUUAAAAAAAA